UUCAAGUCAAAGUCGUGACACUCUUGGUGAUCACCAACUGUGGAGCAAUUGACGCUUUUUCCAUCAGCUUCUAAAGUUUUAAGCCACUGAUCUUGAAGGAAUUGGUGAGAGGAGAUGGGCUAUUCCGCUCAUCUUGGUGAUUACUUUCACCAUUACCGUUGACGCAAGGUGUUUCCGCUCGGAGCAGAGGCCCGUGGAUCUAGAGAGAGUGAUGGACCAUCUGAAGAAGAAGCUGACAGAUGUUGUACAGGAUGUUUUUCUUAUUAUGCAAGCUCACGCAGAAGAAAGAGCAAACUACCAUUCCCCAAAGGAAAAGCGCUUUGUUGAAAGCCUGUCUGAAAUGGAGCUUCAGGCUAAAAUCGUGGGUGUUCUUGCCGAGUUGGAUGCUUUUCUGGAGACAAUGGGACAAAGCGAGAAUGCGAUACUCCAUGCAGCAGAAUUCAUCUCGAAAACGGUUAUGGAGUCUAUGUUAUUGGGCAUGGGGAUUACCAACAUCGGCAGAUAAUGCCAAGGAUCUUAAUGAAUAAACUGGUGAAAAUCA